GCUAUUUAUAACAGGCUGGGUGGGGAAGAGGCGUUGCACAACUCAGUGAAACAACUCAUUGGUCGGCGCAAUGGCACAGUGUUGAAUUUUCAACUGCCAUUUGAAUCCCGACUUCCUCGCCAUGCCGCUUGCUCCCUUCCUUUCGCAUGGAUCCGGUCAAUCGUCUAUACCAUCAUCCAGACAGCAAGCGGAGCGGCUUCCGUGCAGGUCUGGGUAGUCUCCACUCGCAGGAACUGCAGAUAAAUACCUCUUCUGCCUUCAGACCGACGGGGAAGUUGGGCAUAUUUUCGUUGCAGGUACAUCUCAGCUUCAGAGAUUUCUCAGACAUGGACAGGGGGUCGAAUGGACCCCUUCUCCUUCGGCUUUGCAUGUCUACAUACUUAUCUACAUAUCUACACCGGGCAACGAAGGCAGGAUUGCUGGGUGUAGGAUCUGCACAAGGCCCGGGCUGUGCUCGGGUCAACUGGACGAUAUUGAAGGUCUGCCGGUUGGUUCUCUUCCCCAUUCCCGAAAGCGAUACUCACUCUGCUGAAUCAAUAAUUCUAGACACUAUCGAUGAAGCCCGAAAGGCCACCUACGUCAGCGCGACCACACCCAAAUCCUGAUUACGAUUUUCCAUUUAGUGUCGGCUUCCUUCCGCAUUUCCGCGACGGUACUUUCGCUUAACAAGUCGACAAAAAAAUAUAUAUACAAUCGCGUCAAAAAGG